CAAGUCACACCGCCGGUUUAUCAUUUUUUUUUGCUUCGCCGGUUUUGUCUCGUAGUUCUCGUACUCUCGUUCCUUUUUCCACAAUGGCUGAAACGACGGCCGCUCUCUUCGUCCGGUUUUUGAGUGUGCUGUACGCCUGUACGCGUCGUCGUUAUCACGCGUCUACUGUGUGCAAAGUGUGCCGGCCAUUUGCGUCGUUUGUAUUACCUGUAUUUUACUCAUCGAUUCCGAUUGUGCGAAGUGUAGGCAUCAACUCGACAUUUUGCUUCGCGCUUCGUCGUGGUUGGCGUGUUGCCGACGUUGAUAUCAUCAUUGUGCACUUCUUACGUAUCCAACGAGAAUAGGGGUUUUAGGACGUCCUGUUGAAUUGGUAACAAAUUGCAUUGAAAUAUUUUCUGGACAAGAUUGGAAGUUGCAAAAAUACAGGAUAUAUUUUAAUCCAAAUGUUGAAACCAAAGUCAAAAAAGAAAUGUUAGUUAAACAUAUAUCAUUUUUGGGUGAAUGUGUUCUUGAAGGAAAUAUUAUGUAUAGUUUUAUCAAAUAUGAACAUAAAGAAGUUAACAUAUACGAACACAGUGGCGAUAGUGGUUUGCUGGUAAUGAUCACUAUAAAUCACAUAUCUGAAGUUGAAGGAAGUGACAUAACAAUAGCACCAAUUGUCAUAGAAUUUUUAAAUAAUUGUUUAAGGCAUUUAAAAUGUAUUAAGGUUGGAUCCAAUUACUAUGAUUCUGAAGCUACAGUAACUAAUAAAAGACUUGGAUUACAAAUUUGGCCUGGUUAUCAGCUUGGAAUCAAAAAAUUUAAUGAUCAAUUUGCAGUACGCAUUGAACUAUUAAACAAAUGUACAGUUGAGGAAACAGUUUUAGAUUUUUUCCAUGUGAGUUGUGGAAAUAACAGAAAUAGAGUCUCUAGCUUAAUGAACAAUUUUAAAGCUAGUAUUAUUGGGACUGUGGUUCUGACACCACAUAAUAACAAACUGUACAAGAUACAAGGUGUUGAUGGAAGUAUAAAUAUAUGUUCAAAAUUUAUUGAUGAAAACGGUUCAAGUAUAUCAUAUAAGGACUACUAUGAACAAAAAUGGAACAUAACUAAUUUGGAUCCAAGCCAGCCAAUGUUAAGCGCUUCAGGUCCUAAUGAUGGAGUUGGUACGGUAUAUCUCAUCCCCCAACUCUGUACUAUAACUGGAUUUAAAGACAUUGGAGAAAAGCACCUGGUUAAAGAAUUUAGUGAGUGUGGAAAUACAAAUUAUGGACCAAAUAAAAUAAUAAAUAAAUAUAAUAUAUUUCGUGGUAAAAUGCAGUGUACACAAAAGUUUUUAAAAGCAUUACAAUCAUGGGACUUCGGUUUGGGUAGAAAAUUAAUUAGAAUUCCUGGACGUGUACUCCCUCCUAUGGAUUUAAAAUGUUUUAACCAGAUUAUUCCUGCUGGACAUCAAGGAAAUUGGACAGAUCAAUUAAAUCAAUUAAGAAUGUUAGAAACUCCAUUUGUUGAAGACUGGAUUGUUUUAGCUCCUUCAAAAUAUUUUUCUAAAGUGGAACGAUUUGUUAAUACUCUAAGGUUAAUAGCAGGAAGAAUGGAAUUAUACCUACCAGAUCCGGAAAUAGUGCAAAUUAAUGAUGUAUCUCAAAGAUCAUACAUGAAACAUUUGGAUGAGAUUGUAAAUAGAAAUGCCCAUUUUAUUUUAUGUGUGAUCAAGUCUCUGAAUGGUGAUCUUUACAAACUAAUAAAUAGAAAGUUAUGUAUCGAGACAUCAGUUCCGUCACAAUUACUGUCUUUGAAACAUGUUACGACCAAUAAUUUAUCAAGGUAUAUCAAAACUGCAAUACGAAUAAAUUGUAAGUUUGGUGGAGUGCCGUGGUCAGUAAUGGAUGUCGUCAGUGAUAAGGAUAUUAUGGUAGUUGGGUUGAAUAUGUACCGAGAUUCACUUAACAAACAUAAAUAUUUUUGUGCAGUAAUGGUUUCAAUGAAUGAAUCUUUUACGAGAUACUUCAGUUCUGUUGACUCAAUAUGUGAAGAGGACAUUUCAGAAUUUUAUGUUUUGAGUAUUGCUAACGGUUUAAGGAAGUACAAAGACUUAAAUCAAAAAUCACCUAGAGGGAUUAUAGUAUAUAGAGAUGGUUUAGAAUGGAAUGAAUCAUCUAGCGACCCUCGUAUAUCUGAGAUUAUAUUAAUGACGGAAAAAUGUAAUGAAAUCUUUUAUGAAGAUAUGGUUCCCUUUGCAUAUAUUUUAGUAAGAAAAUCUGAUGAAAGUAAAUUUUUUACUCAUCAUGAUCCAUUCAAUUAUCGAAAUCCACUACCUGGAACAAUUGUUGAUUCUUAUAUCACUGACCACACCAAGUUCGAAUUCUUCUUGAUUUCACAUACAGUGAAAUCUGGGACAGUACUUCCAACUUACUAUCAUUUACUGUUUAAUUCUAUUCCUCAUUUAAUGGUAGAUGACCUACACAAGUUAACUUACUUGUUAACUCAUGUGUACUUCAAAUGUUCGCAUACCAUACGAGUUCCUGCACCUUGUCAAUUGGCAUACGACUUAGCAUAUUUUAGUGCAAAUACACUUGAGAGCACUGAAAAUAUAUCGUUACAUGGAUAUCCAUUCUUUUUUUAAUUAUUAUGUUUUUCAUUAGUAUAUUUGUAUUAAAUAAUUGUUUAACCUAAUUAUAUUAUGUAUUAAGUUAUUUAUAUGAUCAGUGUUCAGAUUAUAUGUCCAUAAGUUUUAGUUCACCUAUUUUAAGUACAUUUAUUUAAUGUCCAAUGAUAAUAUGUUCACUUUAUCAAUUUUGCUUAAGCCCCCUGUUAUUAGGAAUGUCU